AGGGUUCUGUUAAUCUUAGUGGCAGGCCAAAGUCCAUCAGAAGCUUAAUCAGGAUGCCAAGGAAUUAUAAGCUGAUUGACCUUCUGUUUGCAGUCCUUCCCAGCUUUGGAUUCUAAGCCUUCUAUUGCAUUAGCAGUAAGGAAGAGUGUCAAUGGAUCCAUCUGUGGCCAUUGCUCUUGGCUUACUGCUCUGUAUGUCAUGUCUGUUUCUCAUUUUAUCAUGGAGAAAGGGCUUUGGAAGAGGAAAACUUCCACCUGGUCCUGUUCCUCUUCCCAUUGUUGGCAAUAUGCUCCAGGUGGACCUUAAGAAUAUCCCUCAAUCUCUUUGCAAGCUAGAAAAACAAUAUGGCCCAGUGUUCACUCUGCAAUUUGGUUUUGAGCGUGUUGUCGUGUUAUAUGGCUACAAGGCAGUGAAAGAAGCUCUGAUUGAUCACGGUGACAAGUUUGCUGAUAGACCACCUAUGCCACUUUUCAAAAUGGUUACCAAUGGAAUAGGCAUUGUCGCAAGCAAUGGAGAGACAUGGAAGCAAAUCCGCCGCUUCUCCCUCAUGACCCUGAGGAAUUUCGGGAUGGGAAAGAGGAGCAUCGAAGAGCGAGUCCAAGAAGUGGCAAAGACUCUUAUUGAGGAGUUAAAAAAAAAAAAAGGAUUACCAUGUGACCCCACAUUCAUUCUUGGGUGUGCUCCUUGCAAUGUAAUCUGCUCUAUCAUUUUCCAGAAAUGUUUUGAAUAUAAAGACCAGAAAUUUCUAUAUUUAAUGAAACUUUUGAAUGAAAACGUCAAGAUCGUAAGUUCCCCAUGGAUGAAGGUCUACAAUUCUUUUCCAUCUCUAGUACGUUAUCUCCCUGGAUCUCAUCACAAAGCAUUUAAAAAUAUUCAAUCAAUACUUGAAUUUAUAUUGGAAGAAGUGAAGGAACACCAAAGAACACUGGAUCCCAGCAAUCCUCGGGACUUUAUUGAUUGUUUCCUGAUGAAAAUGGAGCAGGAAAAGCAACAACCACAGUCUGAAUUUACCAUUGAACACUUGGUCCGAACUGUAAGUGAUCUAUUUAGUGCAGGAACAGAGACAACCAGCACCACCCUGAGAUAUGGACUCCUGCUUCUCCUGAAAUACCCUGAGAUAGAAGGUAAACUUCAUGAAGAAAUUGAUCGUGUGAUUGGCCGAGAUAGAGGUCCCUGCAUGGAGGACAGAAACAAGAUGCCUUAUACCAAUGCUGUGAUACAUGAGAUACAACGAUACAUUGACCUCGUUCCCAACAACCUGCCCCAUGCAGUGUCAGAAGAUGUUCAAUUUAGGCAAUAUCUUAUCCCCAAGGUCAGAAGUGUUUCUCAGUAUAACACAACAUUUUAUAUUCUCUUCUAUUGAAUUAUAGAAUCUUACAGCUAGAAGGAA